AUGAAGCUACUGGUAUGUACGAGUUUGCUGGCAGUCUUCGUUGGCGCUACGGUGCGGCACGAUAGGUUUCCUGAUGACUUCAUAUUCGGGGCGUCCACCGCUUCAUACCAAAUAGAAGGAGGAUGGAAUGCAGAUGAUAAGGGGGUUAACAUUUGGGACCACAUGACACACACCAGACCCGAAGUCAUCAAAGACAGAAGCAAUGGUGACGUCGCAGCUGACACCUAUAACAAUUACAAGCGCGACGUGGAGAUGUUGCGAGAGCUCGGCGUUGACGCCUAUAGAUUCUCACUCUCCUGGUCCAGAAUCCUCCCCAACGGCUUUGCUAAUAAAGUCAGCGACGCAGGCGUUACUUUCUAUAACAAUUAUAUCAACGAGAUGAUGAAGUACAACAUUACGCCGAUGGUCACGCUGUACCACUGGGAUUUGCCUCAGAGACUGCAAGAUCUCGGAGGAUUUUCAAGUCCUUAUUUCCCUGAAUGGUUCGAGAACUACGCGAAGGUUGUUUUCGCACAAUUCGGCGAUAGAGUCAAGCACUGGAUAACAUUCAAUGAGCCUAGAGAGAUUUGCCACCAGGGAUAUGGGGAUGCUACUAAGGCUCCCAUUCUUAAUAUCACUGACGUGGGCACCUACUAUUGUGCUAAGAAUCUAGUCUUGGGUCAUGCGAGAGCUUAUUACGCUUAUAACGACCUGUUCAAGCCGACACAAGGUGGUGUGUGCGGCAUUACGAUUAGUGUAAACUGGAUGGGACCUUUGACUGAUUCAGAAGAAGAUUUGUACGCUGCUGAAAUCAAAAGACAAGCUGAUUGGGGAAUAUACGCCGAGCCAAUCUUCUCUGAAGAAGGUGGAUUCCCGAAGGAAUUUUCUGAAAGAGUCGCGAAAAAGAGUGCAGAGCAGGGCUACCCUUCGUCACGCCUGCCAGCGUUCACGGACGAAGAGAGAAAGUACGUCAGAGGGUCGUCGGAUUUCUUUGGAGUGAACCAUUACACUUCCGUACUAAUUUCUGCCACUGAACAUAAAGGGAUUUGGGUUGUACCUUCGAAGUAUGAUGAUAUAGAUGUUGGCAGUUAUAUGCCGCCGGAGUGGGUUCAAGCUGCUUCCUUUUGGUUAAAACGCGCGCCGAACAGCAUCUACAACGCUCUAACACACCUGCACAACAAAUACAAGGGGCAGGUGUUCUACAUCACCGAGAACGGCUGGUCGCAGUUAUUAGAGGACGGCUAUGAGGACGAUUCACGCAUAGCGUACUACCGUGCGGCACUUAACAGCGUGUUGGAGUGUCUGGACGCCGGCGUCGACCUAAGGGGAUACUUUGCGUGGAGCCUCAUGGAUAACUUCGAAUGGAUGGAGGGUUAUACUGAACGGUUCGGUCUGUACGAAGUAGAUUUCACAAGUCCUCAGAAGACGCGAACGCCAAGGAAGUCCGCCUUCGUGUACAAGCACAUUAUCAGCACUCGCACCAUCGACCCGGACUAUGAGCCUGACACACGAACCAUGUGGAUCGACGAGGGACACUGA